GAUCGCGUCCUGCGGCGCCGCAACGCGCGCCUCACGAGCGCCCUCAUGCCGGGCGGCGACGCGACCACAUGCGAGAUCGCGGUGCUGCCGGCUCGAAGCGCCGAGAACGCCUUCCAGCUGUCAGAUUCUGUGAAGGGCAAGGCGCUGGGCAAGGAGGGCGUCGUCUGA